UUUCUGAGUGGAGCAGAGAUCACACUUGUUCUUUUCUUCCAGUUGAUCUCUCAUUGCCCUCCAUUCCCCCAGUUUCCAUCCAAGUCCAGAACAAACAAAUGUCGUCGUCGCUUGAGGAAGUGAAUCCGACGCCCGAGGUUGGCAUGACGCAGGAGCUGCACUCGCCGCCGGACGCCGACAUCAAUGAGGUUGAGCGGCCCUGGGCUCAGCUUCUUCCACUGCACCAAGACUACCACUCCAUCGACCUGAUCGCUGCCAGCUACGUAUUCGGCCGUCACACUUCGUCCGAUUUCCUCUUGAAAGACCCGUCGGCGAGCAACACGCACUGCAGAAUCUUCCAGGAGAUGGACGACCAAGGGUCGAGCAUGCUCGCCUUCCUCGAGGACCUGUCGUCGAACGGAACGUUCAUUAACGACCGCAAGGUGGGCAAGGGCAAGCGCCAGGUCUUGAAUCACGGCGACGAAAUUAGCGUGGCGCACCCCAAGCGCAAGAUUUAUUCCUUCCACGAUCUCUCGAACGCAGCUGAUCGCGACACUCUGACCGACUGCGAUGAGAUUAACGCACGCUUUGGUUUGCGGAAAGUGCUUGGGCGCGGCGCGUCUGGCGAGGUCAAGCUGGCCGUCGACCGCGCGACGGGCGAGCAGUUUGCCGUCAAAAUCAUUCCAAAGAGCAAGGCCAACACGCCAAAGCAAAAGGAGAGCGUCCUGUCUGAGGGCCGCAUUUUGAGCACCAUCUCGCAUCCCAGCAUCAUCCGCGUGUUUGACAUGUUCGAGACACCCAACACUUUCUACAUUGUGCUCGAGCUCGUGAACGGUGGCGAGCUGUUUGAUCUCAUUGUCAAGGAGAGCAAAUUCAAGGACGCCGAGGCCAAGUUCCUCUUCCGCCAAAUGCUGCUGGCCGUCAAGCUGCUGCACGACAACGACAUUGCGCAUCGCGAUCUAAAGCCCGAAAACAUUCUCAUCACGCAAGUGGACGACGACACUCUGAUCAAGCUCAGCGACUUUGGGCUUGCAAAGCUUGUUGGAGAUGCCAACCAAUUCAGAAUGCAGACGCUUUGCGGCACCCCCAACUAUCUCGCACCCGAGGUCUUGAUUGGCGCCGGCCAGAAGGCCUACAGCAACGUUGUCGACAUGUGGUCGCUCGGUGUCAUUCUAUUUAUCUGUCUCUGCGGCUAUCCCCCGUUCUCGGAGGAGAUUACAACCCACACCCUGCACGAGCAAAUUACCAAGGGCAUUCUGAACUUUAUUCCAGAGUACUGGAAGAACGUGUCGCCCGAUGCCGUCGACCUGAUCAAGCAACUGAUUCAGGUCGACCCCAGCAAGCGUCUUACUGCCGCCGCCGCCCUCGAGCACCCUUGGCUGCAAGACGAGGCUGUCACUGCCCGCGUCGACGACCUGUAUCGCCGCGUGGCUGCUCGUAGCGUUGCCCCCGCCGCUCCAGUGGCUGAGGCUGUUUCUCGCAGCAAGCGACCUCACGAAGAAGAUGACGCAGAGGACGAGGCCAACCCUGUGGCCGUCUCCAAGAAGCCGCGCAACUGAGUGUUGCAUUUUGAAUAGAACUGCUCGAGAUUGGAUGUAUUUUUUUUUUCGGUUGCUUUGUUUUCCUUGUGGGGUGGCCCUUAGCUUGGUCUCGUUGAUUGGUUGUGUGCACCUCGCUUUGGUUGGUGUCCUCCCCCCGCUCCCAUCCCCGCUUCUCUUCUGAGUGAGCAGUGUUGUAUUUUUGUUUGAUCAAUGAAUGAAGAAAAUGUG